AUGGCAGAAUUUCAAGAUCACACAUCUCCAGCUGCGCCCGCGACGGCGUCUGAGCGCAGCACACCGCAAGAAAUACCUGCCGCCACAUCGCCCACGCCACAGCCAGAAAGAUCGCCAUCUCAAGAAGGUUCUGAAGAAGGCGAGAUGGCCGACACUGGGACUGCUCCUACAACCGACGACGCGCCACCAUUGCCUGACGAGCCAUUACCUGAGGAUGCUCCACCUCUUCCCGAUGAGCCUCUGCCUGCGCCAACUGAGGAGGAUGACGGCUGGUCCGCUCAGCUUGACUCUUCUUCUGGCUGCUGGUACUUCCUCAAUCGCUUCACUGGUUUGUCGCAAUGGGAGAAUCCACGAGUCCCCACCACUGUUCCAAGCCAGCAGUAUGCGCCAGGCACGGGUCCAACCUCACACGCUCCUGGUACCUCUGAAGCUGUCGCACCGCCUUCGUCUCCUCCGAGAGAACCAUACCUAGGCUACAACCCCAAGAUACAUGGCGACUUUGAUCCGAACGCAGACUAUGCCAAGUGGCACCAGGAACACCAGACGGAAGAAUGGGCCGCUUCAGAAGCUGCUUUGGCACAACCUAUUGCAGCGUACGAACAAGCAGGCACCUUCAAUCGCUUCACGGGAGCUUUCCAGGCCGCCGACAAGAGCGCAGAAAACCACAAUGACGAGAACAAGUCAAAACGCCAACUGAACGCCUUCUUUGACGUAGACCGCGCUGCCAAUGCUCACGAGGGUCGCUCUCUCAAAGCUGAGCGCGCGAAUCAAAAGUUGAGCAAGAAGCAAGUCAAAGCCUUCAACGAGCAGCGACGUGCCAAGAAGGAGCAAAAGCGCCGCGAUUUCCUCAUGAGUUGA